AUGGCAGCCGUGGAGUCCUUCAACCAAACGAGGGAGAGUACGGACAGGAUCGUAACCGAUUGUGGAUUCGCAGGCUACUAUGAAAACGUCCAUUCACGACAAAAAUUGCUCAUCGUGCAGCUCAUCAUCAAGUCCUUUCAAAAAUUACGAUGCGACAUUGCGCGAACGAAAACAGGACAGAAACUGCGGCCCAUCAAAUGCGCUGCCAAUGUAAAAAAACAACUCGACUUUUGCUACGAGAUGCUCUCAGAUGCAGGUCUCGUCCGCCAAGAAGGAGACUCGUACAUUAGGACCGACACGCCGGUCCCGAGUGGAAAUCCAAAAGAAGCCCUCCAACAGAUUCUCAACGACUUUCCAACAUACACAUCUCUCAACAAGCUUGUAGCUCAUGCCGGCAAUAACCUCGCCGAGAUCUACGUGGGCCGCACAGAUGGCGUCCGAUCGAUUUUCGGGUCUCCAGAAGGGCGUGAGUAUCUUGAAGACAUUUACGGCGCGGCGCAUCCAAGUAGGGCCUUUCACAAGCUCAUGGAAGACUUCAUGAGCCGCUUCACCAAGACCGUCACCGUCCCUCACGGCUCUCAGCUCAAGAUCCUGGAGCUCGGAGCUGGAACAGGGAGUACGGCUAAAUGGCUUGCCCCGUUGCUGGCUAAAUCGGGAGUCCCCGUCGAGUACACCUUCACCGAUCUGGCACACGGUUUCAUUGCCCAGGCCGCGCGGAAGUUCCAAGACUACUCCUUCAUGAACUACCGAACACAAGACAUUGAAAAACCGCCACCGGUAGACCUCGCGGGUACUCAAGACAUAGUCAUCGCCGUUAACGUAGUCCACGCCACCCCCGACAUGGUGAAGUCACUCACAAAUACGCGGCAAUUCUUACGACCUGGCGGGUCUGCACUGGUGAUGGAGGUGCAAGAGCGUUUGUGCUGGGCUGACUUUGUGUUUGGGCUGUUUGAGGGAUGGUGGUUGUUUAGCGACGGGAGAAAGCAUGCGACAGCUGACGAGACGGUAUGGCGGGAUGCUUUCAAGGCAUCCGGUUUUGAUCAUGUUGAUUGGACUGGAGGGGAGUUGAGGGAUUCCGGCCUGCAGAGAGUUUUCCUGGCGACGGUGCCCGAGUAG